CCGGGAACGGCGGCAGCACCGGGAACAACACCGGGAAUACCGGACAGCACCGGCACCCUGGAGCGCUGGGGCCACCGACAGCCCCGGCACCGGCUACCGGCGCCACCGGGCACCGCCCGCGCUGGCACCACCGGGUAUUCCCAGGACCGACCCACCGGCACCGCCGGGCACCGGGACCCCCGGGACCUCCGGGACCCCCGGCUCCGCAGCCUCCGCGACAGUGAAGCCAGAAGGCUGGAACUAGAGAGGCAGCUGAUGGAAUACACAAUGGCUGAUCCAUACCUGCUGAAGGUGAAGUCCCUGGAGCUGCAGGAGCAGCUGGCAGUGGUGUCCCAGCGCCAGCAGUCGGCCCUGCGGAGGAACCAGUCCUACCGGCAGGAAUUCCGCCGGCUGCAGGAGCACAUGGACACCACAGGUCUGGAGAUGAUCCGCAAGAUGGAAGCGUGGUACGGAAGGGAAAUUAAAAGCCUGUUAUCCCUUCAAGAGGGCAGCUUGUCAGCAGGAGGUGACAAGGAGGAAGGAUCCAGCGAGCAGGUGCCGCAGGCGGGAAUCGGCACUGAGGCAGCCGUGCCAAGGAAGCAGUUCCAUCCAGCCACAGCCCUCCUGGGCUGCCCCACUCCAGCUGUCUCGGCCACGGGGGGUUUGGGAAGGCAGCAGGAGCCCCCCCAGCCCCCGUUCCCCGAGGGAUGUGGUGCCCAGAGCCGGAGCAGCGCUGCUGGAGAGACCCAGGGCUCGCUGGAGGGAGCACACGGGGACCUGGCCGCCAGCGAGGAGGGCUCUGAGCAGCUCCUCUCCUCGGCUCCUGACCCCACACCAGCCACCCCCGAGGAGGGACAGCUGCAGGGAGGUGUUGCAGGCUCCAAGUCUGUGCUGAGCAGCUGGUGGGCUGGCCCGGAGGAGAGCAGUGCAGAGCUCCUGGUGUCCAGCAGUGCCGAGGAGGGGGGGACCCCCAGCACUGCCAGCGCGCAGCAGGAGCGGGACGGGGAUGCCCGGGCUGGGGAGGGCUCCCCACUGCCCCCACUGAGCCCUACCCUGGCACAGCAGGAGCCCUCGGGCAGCUCAGCACCAGAGAGGGACACGGAUGUGCUGCAGAGUCACCAUUCCCUGUUCCUGGAACAGCACCGGGCUCGGGAGGGAGCGGCAGAGAUGUCUGAGGACCUGCUGGCUUCGGGCGAGGAGGCACAGGACAGCCAGGCUCUGCCGGUGCUGAGAGAGGCCCUUCCAGGAGAGCACAGGGAUGGGUCACCUGUCCAGGGUGAGGAGUCAUCCUGCAGUCUGCCAUCGAUCCCGACAGACGGCGGGGAAGGGGAGCAGGCGGGAUGCGUGUCCCGGCUCACCGGCACAGCAGAGCCAGGUCGGGAUACGGGCGAGGACAGUUCCAAAGCCAGUGACAGCCGGGAGGCGCCUCUGGAAUCCAGCUCUUCGUCGGAUGGAAUAGUCCUUCCCUUCUCCAGGACCGAGGCGCAGAAGGAGAAAGUAACUGCCAUAAAAUCCAAAGCGUUCUGGGGCGAAUCCGACGAGAGCAGCUCUGAGCUCGAGGCCGCCCUGCGCCCGCAGACCCACAGCGCCCAGUCGGACGACUUCGAUGACUUCUAUGCUUGAGCUGCCCUGCUGGCUCCUGGGGGGAGAAGCAGAAGCGUUGUUUCGGAGCCCACUCACGCUCACAGUGAGCGUGCUGUGGGCUGAAGGGCUGCUCGUCACUUUACGGGGCAAAGGAAAUGUAAAUACCAAAUAAAACAUCACGGGUCC